UGAGGGUCAUAAACUUGCACCUUCACCAGCAGGGAUAGAAUUUGAAAAGUUGAAUGACCCAAAGGCUCAAACUUCUUUUCAAAGAUACGGUCAAUCAAAACUCGCAAAUAUUUUAUUUACUCUUGAACUUAAUAAAAGACUCUCAGGAACAAAUGUUUAUUGUAAUAGUCUCCAUCCAGGUCUCAUAAAGACUGAGUUAUUGCGUGGAGUGGAAGCUGACUGGGGAUUUUGGAUAAAGCCAUUUACUUAUAUAUCUACAUUUUUCAUGUUAUCACCUGAUGAUGGUGCUUUAACUCAACUUUAUUGCGCAACAAGUCCUGAAAUUGAAGAAAAAAAUCUCCGUGGAUUAUAUUUUGUACCAUUUGGUGAAGUAGGUGAACCUACUACUCAAGGUAAAGAUGAAGAAUUGGCAAAAAAGCUAUGGGGUUUUUCUGAAAAUUUUGUUAAAGAAAAGUUGGGCGCUAACAUUUUUA